AGAUUAUCAAACCCUAAGAAGAAUCUUCUUCGCUAGUUUACUUGGAAAGGAGGAAAACAGUGUGAAUGAGUUCGCACGGUGUGCUACGAAAUCGCCACCCUUAAAACCCCCACCGACCUAUUCCUUUUCUCUCUCAGGCUCAGGCGUCGUCUUUUAUUGAACUUUUCCUCGCCGCCUCAUUCAGUUAGGGUUUCUCGUUUCUAUUCAUAAACCUCAUCUGAAACAUUGAAUUUCCAAUAUAGAUGAAAAAAAACUAUAAUUAAAUAAAAUCAGAGGAAGAGGAUUACAGGUGUUUCAGAUAAAAGCAUGUACAAUAUGAACUGCAGUAGCAGUGCUUGGGAGUUCCAAAUAUUCUUGAUGUCAUGGUCCUCACCCUCACCGGCACAAUUUAUUUAAAACUGCCCAAGGCCUAGAAUUCUGUUUGUCCGCUGCAUCUGAGCUUUUAUAUUUGAACGUGUUUAAAGAUAUUGAUCUAGUAGAUAAAAAUGGAAGCAAACAAAGAGAAGGCAUUGGAUAGGGCUGUGCUCAAUCUGAAGCGAAAACGUGCUUCUCGAUAUGCUACAUGUCCAAAUGGAGCUCUGCGAUCAGUGUUACCUCAAUGGACAUCACUCAUAUCACCGAGAAACAAGAUCGUCAAACGAAUGAGAUUGAACAGGUACAAAAGCAAGCCUACAAAUUCAGAGGCUUGUAUUGGGCAGCCGUUAAUUCGGUAUUAUAUGAAUUUUAAAAAGAGUGGAUGCCCUGAACGUUUGAUGGUCUAUGAAAAUGGUGGAUGGAAGGACUUUCCCAGGGAUGUUGUUGACUUGGUUAGGAAAGAUUUUGAUGUAAAAAAAGCAGUCGUGGAGGUUGAGUUAAAUGGCCAUCAUCUUGUGCUGAAUUUUUUGCACAUGUAUCAGAUGAAUUUGAAAUCUGGUUUGCAGCAACCUAUUGCUUGGAUUGAUGAGAACGGGUGUUGCUUUUUUCCUGAAAUUUAUGCCGCUUCUAAUGAAGGGCCUCAUGAUCUCUGCAAUCAGGACAGUGGAAAAGGUCAUGAAUCAUUCCUCCAAGAUCCCAAUGAAAUUAAAUUACAUUUAGAAAUUGAAAUAAACGGAGUGGAUGCAUCCCAAUUUGGGGAGUGCAGCGGGGAGUCAAAUGUUUUAGUUAAGCAUAUUCAAGUUGAUGCUAAACGAGCCUGCAGUAAAAAUGAUUUAGAAAUUGAAGAUAGCAGUAAUAAAAUGGGAGAUGGAAAUGUUGGUGAACCUGUUGAGCAAAAUAAAAAUAUAGGUUUUAAUGCUUAUAAUGAAACUGUAUAUGGAAAGUUAGAUUUGGAUACUGUACAGAAUAUGUUUCUCAAGGGAAUUAGUAGUUUUGGUAGUGCUGACAUAGUUGAGAUUUACCCCUUCUCAAGUACAUUGAUGCAAUCACGAUUGGAGCUGUUCGAGAAGCAAGCUGAAAUUACAAAGAAAUUCCGUGGGGAUGCUAAUGUUCAAUAUGCCUGGCUUGCUUCUUCUAAAGGAGAACUGUCUACUAUGAUGACCUGCGGGCUUGGCCAUUGUGGACUAUCUGCAUCUAAAUGCACACAUGGCAUUGGUGUUCAUCUUGCAGCUGCUACCUGUCCUUUUGCCAGUGCUAAUUAUUGUGAUGUUGACGAAAAUGGGGUUCGGCACUUGGUCUUUUGCCGAGUAAUAAUGGGAAAUAUGGAGCUUCUCCGUCGUGGCACUAGACAGUUUCGUCCCAGUAGUAGUGACUAUGAUAGUGGGGUGGAUGACAUCCACAAUCCAAGAUACUAUGUAGUAUGGAACAUGAACAUGAACACCCACAUCUGUCCAGAAUUUGUUGUUAGUUUCAAGGUCUCUUCUAAUGCUGAAGGCCUUCUUUCGGGAAAUGAGAGAAAAAAUAAUAUUUUUGGGAUUAAUUCAGCUAGCCAAGGUCCUAAAAUCUUGUCACGUUCAGAGUCUUCGACAGUAGACAAUGGAAUGGCAACCAGUUUACCUAAAGCUCCAACAUCCCCUUGGAUGCCUUUUCCUGUGCUUUUUGCUGCUAUCACAAACAAGGUUCCUGCCAAGGAUAUGGAACUUAUCAAAGUACAUUAUCUGCACUUCAGGUCAAAAGAGAUGACUCGGGAUGAUUUUGUGAAGAAGUUGAGGUUGAUUGUGGGAGAUGCGCUCUUACGAGCUACAAUAAAUGGUUUAACUGGUCUACAACGCAAGAUACCAUCCCAGUCGUCUUGUGCGAUCAAAAUGGAAUCCUGAGGCUACCUUAUUAUUAUGUACAUGGGGAGGUGAUCUUUACACUUCAAACUUUGCCGACUUAACGUGGAACUAUAUGGAAGAGCCAAAAUGAUCAUGGGAAUGUUGCUAGCUCUCAGAAAUAACUAUCUACUUUUGAAUUUUCUUUUGAUUGCAUCUUCUUUUUGACAUGGGAACAUGUUAUUUAAAUUUCAUUUGAAUCGUUUUUCUAUGAGUCUGGCUAAUACUUUGAACCUAAGUGGAAUUUUAUGAAAACUGUAUUUUGAUA